AUGAAGGGCAUCCUUGUUGCUGCUGUCAUCGCCGCGCUGGCCGUUGCAGCUGUAGAAUCCAUCAGCUGCGUGCAGUGUCACUCAUGGGAAGACUCCUGUGUCGACGCCACUGUCUCCGACUGUCCUGCAGAUGCCAACAACAGCUGUAUCAACUCUGUAGCCAACUCCUCUCUAGGGGCAGCUGUACACUUAUACCAGGAUAUGUUCUGCUCAGCGGAAAACUGCAGUGCGGAGACAGACACGGUCACGGCCUUCGCCGUCCACGUGUCCGACAACGAAAGCUUCCAGUUUGCAAGCCAGUGCUGCCAAGAAGCGGGGUGCAACAGCGACAGCAGCAACCUGGCCCCUCCACUGAGAAGCGUGGCCAGCGACACAGAGUGCGCUGCUUGUUAUGGACCCAACGAGACGUCCUGUGUCGAGGGAGUCUACAGAUGUUACGAAGGAGAACGGUGUGUCUCUCUCGUUGCAGAAUUUACAAAUGGCUCGGUGUCUGAGCUCCUCGUGCUGAAAGGCUGUUCAAACAUCAGUGACUCCACCUGCCAGUUCUUGUCUGCUGAAAACAAGACAGUCGGAGGCGUCAUCUUUCGGCAGUUUGAGUGUGCCAUCUUAUCCACCACAUCGCCCACCACUACCAGCACGGGGUCCAAAGCCUCCCUCAGCUCCUUAGCGCUUGCCAGCCUCCCCCUGCUGGGUCUGCUGCUCUGA